GAAUUGUAUCAGAGUGACUGGAACUAAGAAAGAAAAACUAAUUAAGUUACAAUGCGACCCAAAUACUGGAAUAAUUUACCGGAAUCAAGGACCAGAUCUAUCAUGAGAGGGUUUGUUUUAACUGUUGUUAUCCUCUUCUUGGCUGUGUUAUGUUGUUUGACACUGCUGGUAAUACUGAUGCAGCAAAUAACUGAUCUACGAAACGAACUGGCGAAUGUCCAUAAACAGCUUCAUGUUUUUAACAAGAGGACCAGAGUUAAUGUUGAGGAUAGCUCAAUGCUGCAUGAAAAGGAAAUGGAAGAUCUGCCUGAAAAUCUAAAAAAUGACAAUAAUGCCCGAUUCCAAAUAAGAGAACAGUUAACCACACUGAAUGACAACAGCCAUGAAACCACAAGUCUUAGAAGAAGGAGAGAUACAAGACCUUGUGAAAAACAGCUGUCUUUCCUGCAACUGAUGCCUGACACUGAAAGAAGCACGAUUCAGCAAGCAGGUGAUUCAACUUUUAUUCCUUGGACUGUGGCUUCUCAGAAGGGAGAGGCUUUGGCAAAAAAAUUCGAUAAUAUACUUGUGAAAGAAGAAGGCUUUUAUACUGUGUACAGUCAGGUUCUGUACUAUGAUAACUGCAUGGUUAUGGGUCAUGUUGUACGGAGAAAGAAGAUUAAUGUGACUGGGAAUGAAAAGCAUAUGAUUACCUUAUUUCGGUGCAUACAAAACAUGCCAAACAACACAUCCAGUAAUAGCUGUUUCACUGCUGGAAUUGUGAAGCUUGAUAAAGGAGAUGAGCUGGAGCUUGUAUUACCAUCCCGUCCACAUGCUCAGAUAUCCAUGGAGAAGGAUUCAACAUUCUUUGGUGUCAUACAGCUUUUAUGAAUCAACCGAUAAAGAGCACAAUUUCCAGCAUCUACAAUUCUUUGAUCUUCUGCACUAGGAUUACACUGACAUCAAGUCAUAAGUUCUGCAUAACAACAUUCACUUCUGUACGUCUAAAGUAAUGGAUAUAAGAAAGGAAUAAGGUUCAUACAGAAACUGGAAGAUGUACCCCAAAAUAUAUGGCCUAGAGACUUUUGAAAUGGAAUGAAUUAGUUCCAGUUCAUGGAAUCUCCUUGACCAUCAAAGCAGACACUGAUGAUGACAUGAAGGAAAUGAAGAAGAUGGAACAACAGCUUUAGCAGAGGAGCAAAGAGUGUCGGUGAAGUAUAUGGUUAGUGCAAUUACUGAAGUUGGUUAAAUGCAAAAUUUGAAUUCAAUAAAAAUUGCUUUAUCAC